CGAAAGGGGUUCGUUUUCGACGCGAUUCGUCCCCAGUGAGAAAGAGAAAGAGAAAGGCGGAAAGAGAAAAGGGAAGACAGCAGCGGAGAGACUGGAGAUUGGUGUGAGCAAGAGUGAGGGAGUGAGUGAUGGGGCUUCUCGCCGGGAGCCUGUACUGGUCGCAGGCCUCCCCUCCGUUUCUCUCUUCCGGCUUCCCUUCUUCUGCGCUGCUCGGUGCUCGCAGAAGAGCGGCAACGAGGAAUCUGGUGUCCGCAGCUUGCUGCGCGAAUGAGGAGAGUCUCGUGGGUUCCGCGGGGGCUUCCCGAAGAAGGACUCUUCUACUUGUAGGCAUCUCAGUCCUUCCCUUUCUCAAACUUCGAGCAAUCGCUGCGGAUGGUUUGUUAGUCGAAGAGUCACAAAGUAAUGGAAUCGGACAACAAAGUUAUAUGGUUCAACCAAUGAGCUUUCGUAGACGGGCAAAGACAAUAAAGCAGCGUGUCACUGAGGUAGAUAAAGACAAACAAGAUUUGAUGCUACCAGAUAACCAAGAUAUUCUAAUGCUAGAUAAACAAGAGGUUAUUAUGCCAGAUAAUCAAGACGCCAUUGUGGGAGACAAACAGGAUGAUAAACUGUUGGACAUACAAAGUGUUAAAGAUACCAUGCUUGAAGUUUCAUCUGAAGGACCUAAUCAAUUAGAGCAAGCAGCUCUUCAAAACGCACCAGCAAGCUCUUUUGUGUCUUUCUUAAAUGAGUUCGGAAUAGUUGCUUCGGGUGUUCUUGGUGCAUUAUAUGCAACUUCCCAGAAGGAAAUGACAUCCAUUGAAUCACAUGUGGAAUCUAUGAAAGAUAAAUUGACUGAAAAAGAAGCAGAAAUGUCUUCGCUGAAGGAGAGUUUUGAGAAAAUAUUACAGAGGGAACAGGAGGAGAAAAAGAACCAAAUCAGGAACUUUAAAGAGAAGGAAAGUUCUCUGCUAACUCAACUGGAUUCAGCAAAUGGGACUGCAGCAUCUUUGCAGCUAGAGUUGAAUGAUAACCGAAAACUAGUUGAGGAGCUCAAAGGUUGUAUUAGCGAUCUUGAGAGCAAUGUUGCAAAAACUGUCAGAGACAAAAAAUUACUUGAGGCCAAAGUUAAAGAGAAGGUAGAUAGUAUCAAUGUUCUACAAGAUAAACUAUGCAUGCUUAGCUUGGACACAAGUGACAAGGAGAAUAACAUUCAAGAUCUUAAAUCAUCUCUUUCUGAAAAAGAAACAGAAUGUGCUCAGUUGAUCUCAAAUGUUGAACACUUAAAGAAUGAGCUUGCUGUUGCAAAUUCAACUAUUGAAGAGUUAAAACAGGAAUUGCUCAUAUCUAAAACUGAAUUAAGUUCAAAGAUAUCUUCAAUUGGUUCUUUAAAUCAACAAAUUCAGAUGUUAGAGUCAGAGAAAGAUAGUGCCUUGCAAAGAGUUCAAGAUCUCAUUAAAGACUAUAGUGAUUUGGAAUCUUCUUCAGAGAAAAGAACAGCCCUUACUUCUGAAUUGUUAUCCAAGAAAGAUGAGCAACUUCAUCUUCUUGAACAAAAGCUUGAGCUUGCAUUAGAAGAAGUAAAGAACAGUACUAUUGUUAUUGCUGAGCUGAGAGAAGAAAAGGAUAGUGCCAAGGCAUUACUGGAAAGAGAAACUAUUAGUAUGAAGAAGUUGAAUGAUGAGCUGCAGGCUAACAUAGAAGCACUGGAAGAUUCUAAAGUUGAAGCUUCGAAUCUGUCCAAGGAACUGGAAGAAGCUAGAGUUUCAUAUAAGAAACUUAUGUCUGAGCUAUCAGAGAUUCAGCACAGUUUCGUUGAGAUGGAGAAACUGCUGACGCAAAGUGUGGAAGAAGCUAAGUUUAGUACAAAGCUAAUGUCGGACGAAUUAAUAUCAGUUAAAGAGAAUCUGAGGAGAACCAAAGAAGAACUUGAUAUCGAAUCCAAAGAAUUAAAUGAUAUCAUUAUAGAUCAUGCAAACUUAAAGAAGGAAUUAGUGGAAACAUACAAGAAACUGGAAAAUGCUGUGAAUGAGUUGAAAGAAGAGAGAAAAAUAGCUUCCAAAUUGAAUAAGGAGCUUGAAGUUUUGAGGAAACAAAUACAAAGAGACUCAGAAGCACGAAAAACUCUCGAGGCUGAUCUGGAUGAGGCUACCAAAUCACUCGACGAGAUGAAUAAGAGUGCAUUAUUGCUCUCAACCAAAUUAGAGAGCACUAGUUCUAGGUGCACCAGCCUUGAAGCAGAGAAAGAUAUGCUAUUACUGUCCUUCACAGAGCAGAAAAGGGCUGUUCAAGAAGCUAGGGAAGAUAUUGAAGAUGCUCAGAACCUCAUUUUGAAGCUUGGCAAUGAGAAAGAGAAUUUAGAGAGGUGGACUAAGAAGCUCGAAGAGGAAUUGUCCUCUGCGAAGGGUGAGAUACUACGACUGAGAAGAAAGAUCAGCUCGGAGAAGGAACAUUCUAGCGUGUACCAGCCAAAGACCGAAGUGACAGCAGGGGCUCCUAUUACAGCUAGGAAGACAAAUAGCAGAAGGAAAAAAGGUGGAUCUACAUGAGGAUUUAUUUUUCACCUAAAGAUGACAAUCUGGUAUUUUAAUCUUAGAUGUCCUAUUGCUUAUUCUUCCUUGUAUUCCACUAGGACUUUUUAGUUUCAUGAUCAUAACAAGAGUAACAAGGGCACCACCUCUGGUAAAACUUGACCAGCUAUAUUCCAUCUUUUUUGUUUUAGUACGUCAUGCUUUUGUAAGUAGUUAUAAGCACAUUUUUAGUCAUAUUUCUUUUGUAUAGAUGAAUCUUUGAUCCCUAUCAGCAUUAAGUUGUUUGUAUGACGAACGAAACAAGUCGCGCAACUGUAACGUCAUCUAUUGUGCCGUCAAAAUAAAUUUGCCUUUAUUA